AUGGGGAACGAGGCAAGGGUCGGCAGAUCCGAGCUGGCCCUUGCCGCUGGCACAGCCGUCAACGCCGUCUUCGCAUACUCGUUUGUGACGGCAUGGCGGCGGAAGGGUGCACCCUUUGUGCCAUCGGCGCAGGCCAAGAUUGACGCCAUUUUUGGCAGGGGUGGCGUGCUGCAAAGCCAUGUGCGGAGAAGGCAGCACGCUGUGGAUUUGGGCAGCGGCGGCGGCGCGUUCGUGCGCGCUGCGGUGCGAAACGGCCACUUUGCUCGAGCGACGGGCUACGAGCUCAAUCCUGCUCUCGUCCUAUUUGCGCGCAUGCAGUCUGUCCUCGCCCGUGGUGAGCACUUUCGUCUCUGCUCCCUGUGGGACGCGGACCUCUCCGACGCGGACCUG